CCCUGGCGGCGGCGGCUUCUUCCGUAGGACAAUAUGUUCAAGAGAAUGGCCGAAUUUGGGCCUGACUCCGGCGGGAGAGUGAAGGGGGUUACUAUCGUUAAACCAAUAGUUUAUGGUAAUGUUGCUCGAUAUUUUGGAAAGAAAAGAGAAGAGGAUGGGCACACCCAUCAGUGGACAGUAUAUGUAAAACCAUAUAGAAAUGAGGAUAUGUCAGCAUAUGUGAAGAAAAUCCAAUUUAAAUUACAUGAAAGCUAUGGCAAUCCUUUAAGAGUUGUUACUAAGCCUCCAUAUGAAAUUACUGAAACAGGUUGGGGUGAAUUCGAAAUAAUCAUCAAAAUAUUUUUCAUUGAUCCUAAUGAAAGACCUGUAACCCUGUAUCACUUAUUAAAGCUAUUUCAAUCAGACACCAAUGCAAUGCUGGGAAAAAAGACAGUGGUUUCAGAGUUCUAUGAUGAAAUGAUAUUUCAAGACCCAACAGCAAUGAUGCAACAAUUAUUAACAACAUCUCGUCAGCUUACCUUAGGAGCCUAUAAGCAUGAAACAGAAUCUUACAAGGCCUCAGAAUCCCCUACACAUCGUUUCAUGCAGCUGUUGCCAACCAUUUGCAGUUGUCAUUCAAGAUGAAAUCUACUUACCAACCCUGUGUUGACAUUUAUGUCACCAUUUAUUCGGUUCUUCCUUUGAUCUUUCAUUUAUUUGCUUACAGUAUAUAUUGAGCAACAGUAAGACACCAGGCAUUGUUCAGAGGAUAGAGCAGACAAAAGCCCUGCCCUCAUGGAGCUUACAUACUAGUGGAAAGAAGACAAAUAUUAAAUAAACAGAACAAUGAAGUGUGAAGUAGUGAUUGGAUGGCAUGAAGAAAACUAAAGCCGGGGAGAGAGUGCUUUUGGUGGGAGGAGAUGGUUAAGAGUUUUAAAUAUCAGGUCAGAGAAUGCUUCCUGAAAUGGUGGCAUUGGAGCAAAUACCAAAAGGAGUGGGGAACUGAGCCGUGCAGCCACAUGAGAGACGAAUGUUAUGUGUAGAGCGGCCGCAAGGGCAGGAACCCUGAGGUAAGAGCCUGCCUGGCAUAUCCGAGGAACAGCAAGAAGGCCAGUGUGCCUGGAGCAGAGUGAACAAGGGGACAAGGAGUGGGACAUGAGGCCAAAGAAGUUAUUAUGGGACCAGCUUAUAUAGGGACUUUAGGUUAUUAAACUGAAGGAGAUAGGAAGUCUUUUGUGGGUUUUGAGCAGAAGAGUGACAGUAUAAGACUAAUAUUUUAAAAAGAUCAAUCACCCUGGUUGCUGUGUUGAGAAUAGACUGUAAAGCAGAAAGGGUAGGAGCAGAAUAGUUAGGAGGCUAUUUCAGUAAUCCAGAUAUAGAAUUGUGUGUAGUACCAGAGUGAUAGCAAUGGAGGUGGUGAGAAGGGGUCAGGUUCUAUUUUGAAGAUAGGUACAGUAGGAUUUGCUGAUGGUUUGAUAAUAAGAUGUGAAAGAAGGAGAUGAACAAAGAAUGACUGUUAAGGUUUGGGGCCUGAGGAAACAAACAAACAAAAAUUGUUGUUGCUUUUCAUAGAGAUGGGAAGUCUGGGAGGGGCAGCUUUGAGGGGAAAGAUUAGGAGUACACUUUUGGACAUGAUGGAUGUGGGAUGCCUGUAAGACAUCUAAGUGGAGAUGUUGAGAAGGGAAUUGUACUCAAAGUCUGGUAUUCAAGGAGAGGUCUAGGCUGAAGAUAUAAAUGUGGAAGUUAAUAUACACAUGGAUUUAUAAAUUGUGAGGCCAAGUGGUAUCAUCACAAGAGUAAGUGAAGAUAGAAAAGAGGUUCAAGGAUUGAGCCCUGGGCACUCCAACAUUUAGAGAUUAAGGAGAUGACCAGCAAAGGAAUUAGGAAAGAACAGUGAGUGUGGAGGGAGAAAAACUAGGUGCACAUAAUAUCCUAGAGCCAGGUGAAGAAAGUGUAUCAGGAAAUAGUCAUUAGCUGCGUUCAGUACCUCUGAUAGGUCAAGUAAGAUCAGAGCCAAGAAAUAGGCUGUAGCAAGGUAGAGGUCCUUGGUGACCUUAACAGGAGCAGUUGAAGGAGAAUAGUAAGGACAGAAGAUCAGUUGAAGUGGAUCAAGAGAGAAUGAGAUGAGGGAGUUCCCUGGCGGUCCAGUGGUUAGGACUUGGCACUUUCACUGCUGUGGUCUGGGUUCAAUCCCUGGUCAGGGAACUAAGAUCCUGCAAGCUGUGCAGUGCUGCCAAAAAAAAGAGAGAGCGAGUGAGAUGAGAAAUUGGAGACAGGUGCUGUGGACAACUCUGUCUUGGAGCUUGACUAUGAAUGGAAAGUAGCCCUUGAAGCAGUAGCAGAAGCAGGAUUUGGGGUCAAGAGAGCAGAGUUUUCGGGGGAAAUAGACCAGUAUCGUUAUAGGCUGGAAGAAGCGAUCCAGUAAAAGAAGGGGGGUGGGGGAUGAGAAAGCAGGAGAGAAAGAGGUUGCUGUUUAACCAUUGUUGGUUAUAGUAGUGUUUUGUUUGUAUUUUCGUGAAACCCUGACCAAGAGUUAAAAGAUCUGAAUACUGAUUAUAAUUGCUACUUGGUAGUCAUUUAAAAUUGAAAAUCACACUCAUUAAAAAAUUUUAUGUUUCACUUUCUACAUCUGAAAAAAUACUUGGGCUACUUUGUUAUGAACAUAAAACAGAUAUGUAUAUUAUCACUUUGAAAAGGUAAAAAACACUAGUCAUAUGCUAUUUUAAUUUGUUACUGGUCAUAUUCUCUCCAUUAUAGAUCUUCUUUCUCUCAUACUAUGAAAUGUGCCCAAUUCAUAGAGGAAACUUCUCUUUUUAAAUUCAAGUACCCACAUUUCUGUGUUUUCAACAAAAAUAAUAUCAUUAAUUCAUAGAUGUAUAAUAGUAGAGACAAAUGUGUUUCAUGAAAAGACUUUUCUACAAAUUAAUUUUUAACGUGUUAAAGUUUAUGUGUGGAGCUUUAUAACCUUGGGAAGUUUUUAUCAGUAAAUUGCAUGUUUUAUAUUAUCUUCAGGUUAUUUUCUCAACAGUAUCAAAUCCAUAAGGAAGAAAAAGAUAAUUCUGUAAAUGGUAUUGACACAAUUGAUAACUUUUGAGAAGAAAACUUAAUUUAGAUCAUUGCUUUAUAGCACUUAUCAAAACAAAUUCCAGUUUAAUUAACGAUAGUUAACGGUUUUUUUAAAGUCAGUUAAGCUGUCUAAAUAAUUAGGGAAAUGACUGUCUGUCCUGGCUAGUGAAGACUUUCUAAAUUUGAGGUGUUAGAAGAAAUCACAUUGAAACAAAGGCAAACUUGAUUUUGCAAAAAAAUAUUUAACUUCUGCAUUUCAAAAGGGCAAAAAAGAAAGAUAAAUUUGUAGAAAAUAUGAGAAAGGGUUAAUAUCUUUAAAACCCUAAAAUAAAUAAAAUAGAAUAAAAUUUUAAACUUCAGUUGACAAAUGGACAAAAGACAUGGACAGAUGAAAGAGGAGAUGACUAGUAAAUAAAAAGGGAAAAUAUUUGACCCUGCUAGUAAUUUUUAAAAUGCAAACCAAAUAAUAAUGGGUGGUUAUAUUUGUAUCAAAUAAGCAAAAGGAAUUUAUAAUAGUUGUACCUAUUAAGGAUGUGGUGAACCCUGUGUUCUAUGAAUUGUUUGUGUGAGUAGGCCUUUUAGGAAAGCAACUUGGGAAUAUUAAUCAAAGGUCUAAAAAAGAUAGGUAUACUUUUACCAGUUUGAGAGCAUUAUACUCAAUAUUUGGUAAUAAUAUCAGUUAGCUUUACUGAGUGCUUACUGUUUGUACUCUUGUAAAUCUGUACAUGUAUAAACUCAUUUACAUCUACAAUAACUUUAUUAGGUAAUCCAUUUAGAAAAGGAAACUGAGGCACAGGGAGAGUAAGAAACUUGCCCAAGUUAACAUGAGUUAGUGGUAGAGCCAGGACUUUAUCCUAAGCAGUCCUCAGAACUUAGGCUCUAAAAACAUAGUAAUAUUUUUAGAAAGAGUAAUAGCCAGGAUAGAGGUUGCUCAUUAUAAAAUUUAAAACACACUAAAAGUUUAUAAAGAUGUUUAUACUGGUAAACCCAUGGAAAUUUACUUAAGUACUAAUGAUCUAGCUUUUAAUAGAAAUUGCUUCUACAAGGAAUAAUUAAAAUGAUAGUUAAUGCUUAAAGAGAGUUUACAUGUACUAGAUAAGUGCUUUGCAUUUCUUAAUUUAUUGAAUACCCUUAACAACCCUAGGAGGAAGGUACUACUGUUAGCCCCAUUUUCUAAGUAAGACCCUAGAGCAUAGAGAGAUUUGAUAUCUUGCCCCAAAUCACUCAGCAAAGCCAGGAUUUAAACCGAGACAGAGUGUGUGCUCUUAACCGAUAAACUGUUCUACCUCUUUGUAAAAAAGCCUUACAGGGACUUCCCUGGUGGCACGGUGGUUAGGACUCUGCGCUCCCAAUGCAGGGGGCCUGGGUUCGAUCCCUGGUCAGGGAACUAGAUCCCACAUGCAUGU